UUCCCCAAAUCGUGAACCACCAUAACAGUGUCUAAAAGUUUAAUCCAGUUUUGUAUAUAAAAACGCCUCUCAAAUUUAAAUAAGCUCUUUAUAUUUAUAUCCAAACCUAAUUUAUUUAAUUUUAAACCGCUGUAAACAUGUCUGACUUUGUAGAAUCGGAAGCUGAGGAAAGUGAGGAGGAAUUAGAGCCCCAUGAGCGAAAAAAGCUUAAGAAAGUCAAGGCUGUGGAUAGCUCGGACGAGGAGGAGGAAGAUGAUGACGAACGCCUCAGAGAAGAACUAAAGGACUUGAUUGAUGAUAAUCCAAUUGAAGAAAGUGAAGGUGAAGACUCAGAUGCAUCUGGGGGUGAAAAACGGAAGAAAUCGGAUGAUGAGCUCGACGAUAGGCUUGAAGAUGAAGAUUAUGAUCUGAUUGAAGAAAAUUUAGGCGUCAAAGUUGAAAGAAGGAAAUUUAAACGAUUGAGACGUAUUCAAGAUGAGGAGAGCGAUGGGGAGGAGCAAGGGGACGAGAGCCAGGACAGGGAUGCUAUUGCUAUGGACUUAUUCUCUGAUGAUGAGCGAGAGGAGCAAGUACAACGCAAGGACGAUGAGAGGAGGUCUGAGAGAAGCCAUAGACCUACUGUUGAACCAGAACAGUUCAAUGAAGAGGAGGAAGAAGGCGAUUAUUCAGACGCUGAUGACUUUAUUGUGGACGAUGAUGGACGCCCCAUUGCCGAGAAGAAGAGAAAAAGGAAACCGAUUUUCACAGACGCAGCCUUGCAAGAAGCCCAAGAGACUUUCGGCGUCGAUUUCGACUUCGAUGAAUUCGCUAAAUACGAACAGGAUGAGUAUGAAGAAGAGGAAGAUGAAGAAGAUGAAUACGAGGAAGACGAAGAAGGUGAACGUCGUCGGCGUCCGAAGAAAACUGCACGUAAAAAGCCCACCAAAAAAUCAAUUUUCGAAGUAUAUGAACCAAGUGAACUCAAACGAGGCUUCUUCACCGACCUUGAUAAUGAAAUCAGGAACACCGAUAUCCCUGAGCGCAUGCAACUCAGGGAAGUCCCCAUCACUUCAGUGCCUGAAGACUCAACUGAAUUGGACGUCGAGGCUGAGUGGAUUUACAAACAGGCCUUUUGCAAAUCAACUGUAUCAAAUAUGGACGCUAAUCUGACAAUGGAAGCUCGCGAAAGACAGAAGAAAGGGCCACAAACUAUUGGCAAAAUCCGAAAAGCGCUUGAUUUUAUGAGAAAUCAACAACUGGAAGUCCCAUUUAUUGCAUUCUACCGUAAAGAAUACGUCCAACCGGAAUUGAAUAUUAACGAUUUGUGGAAAGUCUACAAAUAUGAUGCCAAGUGGUGCCAACUUAAAAGUCGCAAAGAAAAUCUUCUAGCCCUAUUUGAAAAAAUGCGGUCAUACCAACUAGAUCAAAUUAUGAGAGAUCCUGAUGCACCGAUUCCGGAAAACGUCCGGUUAAUAAGAGAUUCGGAUAUUGAGCGACUUAAUAGCGUUCAAACGGCCGAAGAACUGCAAGACGUCCACAACCAUUUCGUUCUCUAUUACGCCUCGGAUUUACCAGCGAUGCACGCGGCUUGGCGAGCGAAAGAAAAAGAACGCAAGAAACAAGAAAAACGAGCGGCUCGUCUUAAACUAAUUGCCGAGAGUGAAGACGGGGCGGACAUCCCUGAAGAAAUGGAAGAAGAUCAAGAAGAAGAGCCCGAACCAGAAACAUUAAAAUACGCAAACCGAUCCGGUUCAUAUGCUUUGUGUACCAAAGCCGGCUUAGACACUCUUGCGAAGAAAUUUGGUUUAACUCCUGAACAUUUUGCGGAGAAUUUGAGAGACAAUUACCAAAGACACGAAGUGGAGCAAGAGCCUGUCGAGCCACAUGAAGUUGCUAAACAAUUUGUAUGCACGCAAUUUCCGUCAGUUGAUGAGGUCCUGCAAGCCGCGAAGUACAUGGUGGCCCUGCAAAUCGCACGCGAGCCCCUCGUCCGUAAAUGUGUUCGCGAAGUGUUUUUCGAAAGGGCUAAAAUGACAGUCAGGCCUACGAAAAAAGGGAUGAAAGUCAUCGACGAGACGCAUAAUUGCUACAGUAUGAAAUACAUCAAGGAUAAACCAGUGAGAGACCUGACUGGUGAUCAAUUCCUUAAACUCACUCUGGCUGAAGAAGAAAAUCUUUUAACUAUUACGAUUAAUGAGAAUUUCGAAGGGAAUACCUCUGGAUCGUAUAUUGAUGAAGUAAAACAGUUGUACAUUAGGGACGAGUUUAGUAAAAAUGUACAAGAUUGGAACGCGUUAAGGAUGGGGUGUGUCGAGAGGGCUUUAACUCGAUGCGUUUUACCCGAUUUGAGGGCCGAAUUGAAAAGGACUCUCUUAGCUGAGGCCAAGGAAUCGGUGCUUAAGGCCUGUUGUAGAAAAUUGUAUAACUGGAUUAAGAUUGCCCCCUACUCUGUAAGUUUCCCCGACGAAGACGAGGACGAAUGGGACACUUCUAAGGGCAUCCGCGUCAUGGGUCUUGCCUACGUCCCGGACUACUCCCAGUCCGCUUUUGCUUGCAUAGCCGCCCCCGACGGCGAAAUUACCGAUUACCUCCGCCUUCCCCACGUUCUAAAACGCAAAAACAGCUUCAAAUCCGACGAGAAAAUGAUGAAAGAGUCAGAUUUGGUUGCUUUACGAAACUUCAUAAAUACGAAAAAACCACACGUCAUAGCCAUCGGCGGCGAAUCACGGGAGGCGCUAAUGAUCGCCGAUGACCUUAAAGCCAUCAUCACCGAUCUCGUUGAAAACGAACAAUUCCCCCAAAUCAAAGUUGAAAUUAUUGACAAUGAAUUAGCCAAAGUUUACGCCAUUUCCAACAAAGGAGUGUCAGAUUUUAGGGAUUAUCCCGAACUGUUACGACAAGCUGUCUCUCUAGCACGAAAAAUGCAAGAUCCCUUGAUUGAAUACUCACAAUUGUGUAACGGUGAUGAGGAGAUUUUGAGUUUGAGGUUUCACCCGUUACAAGAACAAAUCGCUAAAGAGGAGCUUCUCGAAGCCGUCUGUCUUGAAUUUGUUAACCGAACGAAUGAAGUUGGUGUUGAUGUUAAUUUGGCCGUACAGCAGGCUCACAAGUCGAAUUUGGUGCAAUUUAUUUGCGGUUUGGGGCCUCGCAAAGGUCAAGCAUUGCUACGGUUGUUGAAACAGACCAAUCAGAGACUUGAAAAUCGUACACAAUUAGUCACAGCGUGUCACAUGGGGCCCAAAGUCUUUAUCAAUUGUUCCGGUUUUAUUAAAAUCGAUACAAACAGUCUUGGGGAUAGUACAGAGGCAUACGUUGAGAUUCUGGAUGGUUCACGAGUCCAUCCGGAAACGUAUGAGUGGGCGAGGAAGAUGGCUGUGGACGCGUUGGAGUAUGACGAUGACGAGGGGGCGAAUCCGGCUGGAGCUUUGGAGGAGAUUUUGGAGGCGCCGGAGAGGCUUAAAGACUUGGAUCUUGACGCCUUUGCUGAAGAAUUGGAGAGACAAGGAUUCGGCAAUAAGAGCAUAACUUUGUAUGAUAUUAGAGCAGAAUUGAACUGCAGAUAUAAGGAUCUGAGGACACCCUUCCGGUCGGCUAACCCCGAGGAAUUAUUCGAUAUGUUAACAAAAGAAACUCCUGAAACUUUUUAUAUCGGCAAAAUGGUCACGGCAAGUGUUGUUGGUAUUGCGAGACGAAAACCACAAGGGGAACAACUCGACCACGCAAAUCCGGUUCGUAACGAUGAAACUCGCCUCUGGCAGUGUCCUUUUUGUUUGAAAAACGAUUUUCCCGAGUUGUCCGAUGUCUGGAAUCAUUUUGAUGCUGGGGCUUGUCCUGGACAAGCCACUGGUGUUAAACUAAAAUUGGAUAAUGGAAUUUCGGGUUACAUUUAUAUAAAAAAUAUAAGUGAUAAAAAUGUGGCAAAUCCGGAAGAACGUGUGAGCAUUGGUCAGUUGAUUCAUUGCCGAAUUAUGAAAAUUGACGUCGAACGUUUUUCUGUCGAUUGUACGUCCAAAUCUAGUGAUUUGUUGGAUAAAAAUCAUGAAUGGCGUCCCCCACGUGAUCCUUACUAUGACACUGAACAAGAAGAGAAAGAUACACGGACCGAAAAUGAAUUAAAGAAAAAUAAACAGAGACAGACUUAUAUUAAGAGAGUCAUUGUUCAUCCCGCUUUUCAUAAUAUUUCGUACGUUGAAGCGGAAAAAUGUAUGGCCAAUAUGGACCAAGGCGAGGUUAUAAUACGACCAUCAAGUAAAGGAGCCGACCAUUUAACAAUCACUUGGAAAGUUGCCGAUAAUAUAUACCAACAUAUUGAUGUGAGAGAAGAAGGAAAAACAAAUGCUUUCUCUUUGGGUAAGACAUUAUGGAUCGGUGGUGAAGAAUUCGAAGAUUUGGAUGAAAUUAUUGCACGACACGUGACUCCAAUGGCGGCACACGCACGCGACUUGCUUUAUUUUAAAUAUUACAGAGACACAAACGGCGGUCAUAAAGACAAAGCCGAGGAAGUUGUUAAAGAAGAAAAGAAGAAAAAUCCGUCAAAAAUUCACUAUGUUGUCAGUGCGUCAAAAAGUUGUCCUGGCAAAUUUCUGUUGUCGUAUCUGCCACGUAACAAAUGCCGACAUGAAUUUAUAUCGGUGACACCCGAAGGUUUCCGAUUCCGAAAACAAUUGUUUGACUCAGUAGCGUCACUCUUUAAGUGGUUUAAGGAACAUUUCCGGGAUCCCAUCCCCGGAGGAAUGACUCCGGGAACGCCACGAGCCAGUGGCCGGACUCCGUACCAGACGGCUGGUACUACACCCAAUUUCAAUGCAAUGAACCCUGAGGCGAUUCAAAGAGUGGCCCAAAAUUUACCAACACAUAUGAUGCAAACUUUGUCAGCUGUAGCCAAUCAGACGCCGCAUUAUCCGCACACACCAGGUGGCGCUUACGGCGCUAGUAAUUACAUCAAUACGCCGUAUACUCCAAGUGGCCAAACCCCGUUUAUGACCCCUUAUCAGACGCCCCAUACGCAACAGACGCCCCGCUAUGGGCAGCAAACCCCAUCACCGCACAUACCCCCAAGUACCGCUCCUCACAUGAACGGUCCAUUUUUACAUCCAGGGGCCGCGACUCCAAGUCAGCGCACACCGUCAUACAGGAAUCCUACUCAAUCUCCUUUAAUCCAAAGCAGUCCGCAUCCGAGCCCCCAUGCGCGGUCGUAUGCUGGUAGUGACCAUGGUCGGGGUUACGGCGAUUCUUCUAGAGGUUUUCCGACUGAAUCGCCACGAGGGUAUAGUAGUAGCAGGGGAUACGAUAGUCACAGAGGGGCUUACUCGACUGAAUCAACUGAUUGGCAAAAAGCAGCAGAGGCUUGGGCUAAUAGAUCGAAAAGUGGUACUCCGAGAAGCGAGUCGAGGAAUACUCCAAGAUCAGGGGGGCAGAGGACACCCAGAUUUGAUGAUAUUCGAAGUGACCUCGAGAGGACUCGGAUGAAGAACGUUGGGAAGAGUCCCAGAUCGUUACGUUCGACUCCAAGGACCAACACCUCCCCUCAUUCCAUGUCAUUAGGUGACGCAACUCCGCUUUAUGAUGAAAGUGUAUAAGACUAUACUUGUACCUAUUUUAAUAUUUGUACAGUUUGCUCAACAUUGAGCCACUCUGAGUUCAUUUUUCAACGUAUUAUUUUAAUAAAAUAGUCAUAUUAUACAAGUUGUGGUUUCUUCUGAGGUAGCUCGCAGUAGGUUUACUACUGACAAGGACGAAUAUUUAUUUAUCCUGUAUUUUUAUACUUGUUUCAAUCAUUUUAUCUGUUCUUUGCUGUAGGGACAAUCAUUUCACAUUGAUGACUAUUUUGUUAUAGCCAGAUUGUAUUUAUUUGCCAUUUAUAAUAAAUACAAAAAUAGCUUCAGAA